AUGAAAUUCUUCAAGGAAACUAAAGACGAGGAGCCAACUGCUCAGGGGCAGGCUUACAUCCUUCUAGUGGCAAUCAAAAAGAGAUCCAGAGUCCCUGGGGUCAUGAUUACACAGUUUGUGGAGGAGCUUCCUGUGGGCAUGACCACCCCUGAUUUCACCCUCAAACCCAUCGCUUUGACUAUUCAGGAAGGGAAAUGUGCUGUUUUCAAAGCAAUUGUGUCUGGUAAUCCGACACCAAGUGUGCAUUGGACAAGAAGUAAUGGAGAAGUAACUGAACCAGAGAGAUACAAAAUGGUAUCUGAUCCAGCUACGCCUUAUGAGCACUACAUAGAGAUGCCGGAAGUAUCUCCCGAACAAGCUGAUACCUACAAAUGCUUUGCCACCAAUGAGUAUGGAAAAGCUGUGGUCACCGCUAACCUCAAUGUAAUUGAAACUGCUGUGAAGCCACCUGAAGAUUUCAAAAAUCUCCUAACAAAAGUGGUUGUAGAAUCAGACAAAGAUGACAAAAAAGAGGGAGAAAUCGAUCCAAGGUUUUGGGAUGUGUUGAUGAGUGCCGACAAGAAAGACUAUGAGAAAAUCUGUGCUGAGUUUGGAGUCACUAACUUCCGCUGGAUGCUGAAGACACUGAAUGCGAAGAAGGUUGAGAGGGAGGAAGAACAAGCAAAGUACGUUGAAAAGCUCAGCAAUCUGAAACACAUUGAAGUAAAACCUGGUGGAGGUGCAGAGUUUGAAUUUGAGAUGACGCUUAAAAACCCCAACGUCAAGAUCUUCCUGUUCAAGAAUGGAGUAAUGGUUCCGUUCAGUGUCGAAACAGAAGAGAAGCAUUUUCUGAAGAAAACGGGAAGAAAAUUUACAUUUGGCAUUAAGGAUCUUGCUGGAGAUGAUGAAGGAUUGUACCAAGUGAUGGUGGAGGGGGUACUUAUCUUCUCAACUGACUUCAAAGUUCCAAUGGUGGAUUUCCUGGUCAAAAUUCAGGAAGUGAAGGCCACGGAGAGAGAGGAUGCCGUGUUUGAAUGUGUCCUGUCAUCACCCAUGUCAAAGAUUCAAUGGACGGGGAGGAAUCAACCGUGUGAACAAGGGGAUAAGUUUGACAUUGAAGUGUCAGAGGACAUGCUCAUUCAUAGCUUGGUUGUGAAGGACUGUGCGAAACUGGAUGGUGGUAUCUAUUCAGUUUGUGCAGGGAUCAAGUCUUGCAAUGCCUUUCUUGUUGUGGAGGUUGAUAACGAUCCAGCCACCAAGGGGAAAAAGAAAGUCCGCAAAACAACUCGAGCUGGUGGGGGAGAGGUAGACUUGGCUAAAAUAGCUGCAGAGCAGAAAGCUAAGCUGGACAAAGAGAGAGAUGAGAGAAUGGAGUUGGCGAAGCAGAUUAAGGCAGACAUGGACGCUAAGGCAGCAGGAGCGUCCGAACCAGAGCCGGAGAACAAGGACGAGAAUGAAGAGCCUGAGCCUGUGGAAGAGAAGAAGGACGAGCUUGGAGACGAAGAGAUACCAGUUGAGGAGAAGAACAAAGAGCUUGGAGACGAAGAGAUACCAGUUGAGGAGAAGAACAAAGAGCCUGGAGACGAAGAGAUACCAGUUGAAAAGAAGAAGAAACGAGUGAGAACAGGUCCACUGAUCCCAGACACCAUCAUAGACCCAGGAGUGCACUUUACCAGUGGAUUGUCAGACAUCAGUGUUAAUAUGGGCAACAGAGGUGAACUGGAGUGUAAACUGAGCAGCGAAAACUGUGAAGGAAUCUGGUACAAAGAUGGAGAAGAGAUAGAAGCAUCAGAUGAUAUUGAGAUGAAACAUGAUGGGGCCUUUCACAGGCUUAUACUGAAUAACUGCAAGGAGGAAGAUUCUGGCAAAUACCGAUUUGAAGCUGAUGGACGUAAAACAGAGUCCAUGCUCAUUGUAGAGGAUCCACCCAGAGUAAACCCAGAUGACCUGGCUGAUUUCUCAAAGCCCGUCAUAAUAAAGGUUGGCCAAAGCGCUACCUUCAAGCUGUCUAUUAUGGGUCGUGACCCAAUGAAGAUCUAUUGGUACAACGAAGGUGAGGAGUUGGUGGAGGACAAACACAUCAACAUUGAGAAGUCGCUCACACACAGUCGCCUCCUCCUCAGCAAGUGCCAGCGGAAAGCCACAGGAGAAAUCAAGAUCAAGAUCAAAAAUGAAUAUGGAACCAUUGAGGGCAUAUCCAGGUUGAUUGUGCUUGACAGACCAAGCCCUGCCCUAGGACCUGUGGAGAUCAUUGAAGCUUCUUCGGCUGUACUUGACUUUAAAUGGAGGCCUCCUAAAGACAAUGGUGGCUCUCCUGUGAUCAACUACAUCCUGGAACGACAGCAGCUGGGCCGUAACUCCUGGAUGAAGCUGGGUCAGAUCCCUGGAGAGCCCAAAUACAGGGACACCGAUGUAGACCAUGGAAGGAAGUACUGCUACCAUAUCAGGGCUGUGACUGAGCAGGGCAUAAGUGAAAUGAUGGAGACAGAUGACAUCCAGGCCGGUACAAGAGCAUAUCCCGGACAACCUUCCUCACCCAAAGUGAUCAGUGCCUUUGCAAACUGCAUCAAUCUGGAAUGGGUUCCCCCUUCCAACACUGGAGGAACUAAUAUUCUAGGUUACCACCUGGAGAAACGCAAGAAGGGCAGCAAUCUAUGGGGUUCAAUCAACAAUGUGAAAGAGCCAAUCAAAGGUCAAGGGAUUGCAGUGAAAGACGUUAUUGAGGGAAUAGAGUAUGAGUUCCGUGUUGCAGCUAUCAACAUAUCUGGUGCUGGAGAGCCAAGUACCCCCUCUGAAUUUGUUAUUGCAAGAGACCCAAAGAAGCCCCCAGGUCAAAUCAAUGACCUGAAGGUGACAGACUCCACCUACACCACCUUGUCCCUGGGUUGGACUAAACCCAUAGAGGAGGAAGGGGUCCAAGAUGAAGCCAAGGGAUACUUUGUGGAGAUCAGACCAGCAGCAAACCCAGAGUGGGACCGCUGUAACAAUAACCCCAUCAUCAUUACCUCCUAUAACAUUUUGGGUCUUAAGUCAAUGGCCAUGUACUGGGUGAGAGUGAUUGCCACCAAUGACGGGGGAGAAGGGGAGCCCAAAGGCUUGGAGAACUACAUCAUUGCAAUGCCCCCCCCAGUGAGACCACAUUUCACUGAUCGCAAAAUGAAGAGCUUCAUGGUUGUGAGAGCCGGGAAUUCUGCUCGAAUCAACAUCAACUUUGUGGCUUCUCCUAUGCCAAACAUAACGUGGCUAAAGGAUGGGAUGCCAGUAUCAAAACUUGUAACCAUUAGCAACUCCGAUAACACAUCCCAGCUCCUAAUCCCCACAUCUGAGCGUCCCGACACAGGAAUCUACACCAUCAUCGUCAAGAACAUGGUUGGUCAGGAGACCUUCAGUAUCGAGAUCAGAGUCACAGAUGAUCCCAAGCCUCCCGGCCCAGCGGAGUUGAAACAGAAUGUUCCUGGAACAGUGACUGUGACCUGGACUCCCUCCCCAGAUGAGAAGAGGGACGACAGGCUGCACUACAUAGUGUCCAGACGCGACUCCGUCAAGCGAAUAUGGCAAAAUGUAGCUGACCACCUCUUCAACAACAAGUUCACAGCCCUCAACAUCAUGGCUGGACGAGAGUACUACUUCCGUGUCUACGCCAAAAAUGACAUGGGUCUCUCUGAGCCUUCUGAGUCGCCAACCUGGGGAGUGGCCAAGAAAAAAGAUAAAUUCUCAAUGGCUUUCAGCUCAUUCAAGAGCCUCAACUUUGAGUCAGUGCCAUCAUUCUUAGUUCCACUGAAAAUGCACAGCACCCCUGAGAGCUACGAGUGCUACAUGAGCUGUGCUGUCAGAGGGGACCCAACACCUCAUGUCACAUGGUACCGCAACAAUAUAAGCCUCAAUACCAACACCAACUAUCUUAUCACCAACACCUGUGGGGUCUGCUCCAUGCUUAUACUCAGGGUUGGAACCAAGGACACUGGAGAGUACAAAGUCAUCGCAGACAAUGCCUUGGGCAGGGCAGAGUGCUCCACCAAACUCACAGUCAACGAGUGA